UUGGCGUGGUAAAGAUUUAACGUAGCAAAAAUGUACACUUUUGGCAAAAUAAAUUCCUUCGAAGGAAAGUUAAACCUAAAGCAAAUCGUCAAUGAGGUCGACUUUGAGGAGAUGGAGGAAGCGUUGAAUAUUUGUGACCUUUCGGUGCUGGCUAAAAAAUAUAAAACCUGGCAAAGGCAUAUGCCGCGUGUGAAACCAUACUACGCCGUAAAAUGCAACGACGAUGCAUUAAUUGUCAAAGAGUUGGCUGACUUGGGCACCGGAUUUGAUUGCGCCUCCAAAAAUGAAAUAAAAUUAGCACUCGAAGCGGGCGCCAGUCCGGAGCACAUAAUAUUUGCAAAUCCUUGCAAGCCAGCGUCUCAUCUCCAAUAUGCGAAAGAGAAGCAAGUUAUGACAAGUACAGUGGAUACGGAGUAUGAAAUCUACAAAAUUUUUAAGCACUUCCCCGAAUCAAACUUGGUGAUACGUUUCCGCUGCGAGGCAAAGGCUGCCCAGUGCCCACUAGGCGAUAAAUUCGGUUGUAAUGCUGAGGCUGACGCUGCGGCCUUGAUGCUCUUGGCUAAAAGUCUAAAUCUCUCCGUAACAGGCACAAGUUUUCACGUUGGCUCCGGCUGCAGCGACUUUCCGGCCUAUAAUAGAGCCAUUGCUACGGCCAAGAAUUUAUUUAAAUUUGGUGAAAUGAUUGGAUUUGACAUGAAAAUUUUGGACAUUGGCGGUGGAUUUCCAGGAGCAGACGACGACAAAUUUGCAACUAUAGCCGAUAUUGUCAACGAGUCACUACAGAAAUAUUUCCCCGAAGAUAAUAUUGAAAUAAUAGCUGAGCCUGGUCGUUUCUUCGUCGCCUCAGCGUACACUCUGAUCUGUAAAAUCCACGCCAAACGCGAUGUCCGCACAGACAAGAAAACGGAUUUGAAAAUGUACUACGUAAACGACGGAGUAUAUGGAUCGUUCAAUUGCGUUCUGUAUGACCACCAGGAAGUUACAGCACAACAUUUCUUAGAGGAGAAUGAGAGUUUGAAAAAAUUCAAGACUUUGAUAUGGGGCCCCACUUGCGAUGCUUUAGACAAGAUUACCGAGAAUGCAUACUUGCCAAAUCUAACGUGUGGAGACUUGAUAGGCUUUCCAAAUAUGGGUGCCUAUACAGUGCCGAUUGCAAGUCCUUUCAACGGUUUUCUGGUGCCGAAAACACUUUAUUUCAAGGCGAUCGAUGAGAUUAUAUGAAAUCGAAAAUAUGUAAAUUUUUUUUUUAAUAUAUAAAUGGGCUAAAAGGUGAAAGAAAUUUAUUAUUAUCAA